UUCUUGGUUGUAGUAACUUUGAAAUUGCUCUUUGAAGAGGGCAUUAGAGCUUUCCAUUAGUGUCUUUGGGAGCAGUUGAAGGUAACAAAGAUUAUUACAGUGUUAUGAACUAUGCAAUUGUCUUUUAACGAAAAGACAGUGUUGAUUUGUGAUCGAAACAUUGGAGUAUACGCCUUCAUAGUGAAAACUUUGUGUGUGCCCGAUGUCUAGUUCUCGUGUGCUCGAUAGUUCCGUAGAUCCUGCAGCCAAGAAGAGAAAAGUUGCUACAGGAGACUCAGUAGUAGCGUCCUCUUGCUCCUCGCGCUCAGCAGAAAUGGAGCAACCGGGAUCAUCCAACUGUGCCCCCGAGAUCGACGAAGGACUUUAUUCAAGGCAGUUGUAUGUACUUGGUCAUGAUGCCAUGCGACGCAUGGCGUCCUCGAAUGUUUUAAUAUCUGGUCUUGGCGGCUUGGGAGUCGAAGUGGCCAAAAAUGUGAUUCUUGGUGGUGUCAGAGCUGUCACGCUACAUGAUGAAGUUUCUUGCACAAUGUCAGAUUUGUGCUCACAGUUUUACUUAUCUGAAGCUUCAUUAGGAAAAAAUAGGGCAGAAGCCAGUCUCAAACAACUGUCUGAAUUGAAUAAUUACGUUCGUACUCAGGCGUAUACCGGUCCACUGACUGAGGAUUUUUUGAAACAGUUCAGAGUUAUUGUUUUAACAAAUAGUAAACUUGACGAGCAGCUGAGAAUCGCGGAAACCGCACGUGCCUUCAAUAUCGCACUUAUAAUUGCAGACAAUAAAGGACUAUUUUCACAGGUGUUCUGUGACUUUGGUGAUGAAUUUACUGUCGUGGACACAAAUGGCGAGGCGCCCUUAACUGCGAUGAUAGCCAGCGUAUCCAAUGACAUUGAGGGAGUUGUUACAUGUCUGGACGAUACUCGUCACGGGCUAGAGGACGGCGAUUACGUUACUUUCUCGGAGAUUGUUGGAAUGACAGAACUGAAUGGCUGUGAACCAAUAAAAAUUAAAGUUCUGGGUCCUUAUACGUUUAGCAUUGGUGAUACAAGUAGUUAUUCAAAGUAUGUGAGUGGUGGUAUAGUCACCCAGGUCAAAGUUCCAACUGUUAUGCAGUUCAAACCAUUGAAAGAGGCCCUUAAAGAACCAGAAUUUGUAAUCACAGAUUUUUCAAAAUUUGAGAGAGCUCCACAGCUGCAUUUGGCUUUCCAAGCUCUCCACAAGUACCAUGAGCAGAAUGGGGACUAUCCAAGGCUCUGGAACAAUGAUGAUGCAGCUGCUUUCAAGUCACUUUGCAAGAAAUUGAGUGUGAAUGGUGGAAGUGACUAUGAGGUUGGUGGUGAUCUUCUAGAUAUUUUCCCAAAAAUAUGUAGAGGAGAUGUUAGCCCAUUGAAUGCAGCCAUUGGUGGAAUAGUUGCUCAAGAAGUAAUGAAAGCUUGCAGUGGAAAAUUUACUCCAAUUUAUCAAUGGCUUUACUUUGAUGCCUUGGAAUGUUUGCCUAAAGAUCUCACUGCAGAAAAUCCUGAAAAUUAUAUGCCAACAGGCAGUCGUUAUGAUGGGCAGAUUGCUGUAUUUGGAAAGGAAUUCCAAGAUAAACUGGGUAAACUUAAUUACUUCAUUGUUGGUGCAGGUGCCAUUGGAUGUGAACUUCUAAAGAACUUUGCUAUGAUGGGUGUUGGAGCAGGUGAGGGUGGUAAAGUUAUUGUGACAGACAUGGAUCUCAUUGAGAAGUCAAAUCUCAAUCGCCAGUUCUUGUUUCGACCACAUGAUGUCCAGCGCCCGAAGUCUAUAACUGCUGCUAGAGUUGUUAAACAGAUGAAUCCAUAUUUAAAUAUUGAGGCUCAUGAAAAUCGUGUUGGUCCAGAGUCUGAGAAAGUGUACGAUGAUAGUUUCUUUGAAGGCCUUGAUGGUGUUGCAAAUGCUUUGGAUAAUGUUGAUGCCCGCAUAUAUAUGGAUCGUCGAUGUGUAUAUUAUCGCAAACCACUUCUGGAAUCGGGGACGUUAGGAACAAAGGGCAAUACUCAGGUAGUUGUUCCAUUUUUGACAGAAUCGUACAGUUCGUCACAAGAUCCACCGGAGAAAAGCAUUCCAAUAUGUACCUUAAAGAAUUUCCCCAAUGCAAUUGAGCACACACUACAGUGGGCAAGAGAUUCAUUUGAAGGUCUGUUUCACCAAGCAGCUGAAAAUGCUGCUCAGUACCUCUCUGACCCUUCAUUCAUAGACCGAACAAUGAAGCUUCCAGGAGUGCAGCCAUUGGAAAUUCUAGAGUCACUUAAGAAAGCUUUAGUUGAUCAGAGACCAUUAAGUUUUGAUGAUUGUGUUGCAUGGGCCCGGUGCUAUUGGCAAGAGCAAUAUAAUGACCAAAUUCGCCAACUUUUGUUUAAUUUCCCUCCAGAUCAGCUUACAUCAAGUGGACAGCCAUUUUGGUCAGGACCAAAAAGAUGUCCAAAACCCCUUGAAUUUUCAGUUGACAAUUCUCUUCAUUUGGAUUACAUUGUUGCUGCUGCUAAUUUGAAAGCAGAGGUGUAUGGUAUUCCACAAAACCGUGAUCGUGAAGCUGUUGCUCGAAUUGCUGCGAAGGUGCAAGUACCAGUUUUCGUUCCAAAACAAGGUGUUAAAAUAUCAGUAACUGAUUCACAGGAUCAGAUGUCUAAUGGAACUGGUGCUGUUGAUCAUGAUCGCAUAAUACAAUUGCAGAAGGAGUUGCCUGGUAUCAGUGAGCUGGGUAAUCUUCAGAUAAAGCCAUUGGAAUUUGAAAAGGACGAUGACACCAAUAUGCAUAUGGACUUUAUUGUUGCUGCUUCUAAUCUGCGUGCUGAAAAUUACGGUAUUCCAAUAGCAGAUCGUCACAAGAGUAAGCUUAUUGCUGGUAAGAUUAUUCCUGCUAUUGCUACAACUACAUCAGUAGUUGGUGGCCUUGCGUGUCUUGAGCUAUACAAAUUAGCACAGGGCUUUAAAAAUAUUGAUGUCUUCAAGAAUGGUUUUAUUAACUUGGCCUUACCAUUCAUCAGCUUUUCUGAGCCAAUUUCAGCUCCAAAAAAUAAGUAUUAUGACACAGAAUGGACAUUAUGGGACCGGUUUGAAGUAGUGGGAGAACUCACUCUCAAAGAGUUCCUUGAUUACUUCAGAACUAAAUAUAAUCUGGAAAUCACAAUGUUGUCCCAAGGUGUUUGUAUGCUUUACUCAUUUUUCAUGUCUAGAUCAAAGUGUGCAGAACGCAUGGGACUUCCAAUGUCUGAAGUUGUAAUGAAAGUCUCAAAAAAGAAAAUUGAGCCACACGUUAAAGCUCUGAUAUUUGAAUUGUGUUGUAAUGAUGAUAGUGGUAAUGAUGUUGAAGUUCCCUACGUUCGUUACACACUCCCAAAUUAAGUUAUUGUAUUAUUUGGUUCUAAAUUCAACCAGAUAUUUUCUCAUGUUUUCAAUGUUUAAAUCUAAUUUGAGCUUACAGUGUGGCUGUGAAUUUUAUAUUUUCACAUUCAGUAAUUUUUGUUCUUCUGUGUUUAGAAUUUACAGUAUUUUUAAUAAUAAUGCCACAAAGUUCCAAUAUUUUUUAUAGAAGUAGGGUGAAAUUUAUAUCUGUGGAAAGUUAUUGAGGCAGUUCAUUUAGAUUGUGCAGAAUAAUUUACAGGAAGUUUACUUCAUGCAUUUAACACACCUGUGCUCAAAUCUAAAUUUUUAAAAAGUAUUCCAUAGAUUAUAGGACUAAAACUAAUGGAUAUGUCAAUAUUUUCAGUUUAUAUGUAGCCUGCUUACAUCUCAGUAUGAACUGUAGUGGAUGAAGUGCUAUAUAUGGUUGCGCAUAUAGUGAGAUUGCUAUAUAAACAAAGGGAGUCUCAUUAUUGUAUUCAUAAAUAAGAUGCAAAAAAGCUCUUAUCUUUUGUGUAAUCUUUUUUAUGAGUGAUGUCUCAAUUUGUACUUAUGAAUAAAGUGUUCGCUGAUA